AUGCUCCGCAGCUGCCUCGUGCUCCGCGUGACGGUGCACUCCCCGCGUGGGUUGCAGUUUCAGCUCAGCGCCGGCGACGCCGUUGCGCAGAUUCAGCAGAAGUACGGCGGACGUUGGUUCGGCGCCGCGAAGGAGUUUUUGCACCUCCGCGCCCCCUCAGCUGAGUUUCUCCCCUUCUACUACUGCCAGGGAAGCGUUCGCGGCGUCUUCCGCGGCACGGUGAGCUACAACGACAGUGUGACCGACUCGAAGGGCCACCUGCAGAGCAGCUCCCGCCAAACGACGACGGCGCCGCAGCCGUUGAACACCGUCUUUGGUCCAAACCAGACGCAGAUUUACGCCGGCUACAAGUACAACAUCCGCCACGUCCACACUGCGCUGCGCAACGAGGCGAACCCGCUGCGCCUGCUCAAGAUGAGUAUGGUGGAUGCCACAGACGCGACGAUCAACCUCUUUGAGCAGUCCACGACGACUCUGAAGGUGUUUGUAGAGGAGGAGGUAAAGCGACAGGCGGAAGAGACGGCACGGGCGAUGGUGCGCUCCUAUCACCCCGGUGCUUAUACGAUAAGCGUGGAUUUUAGCGAGCUGCAUAUUCGAUUAGAGGAGGUCACUCCCGUCUUUGUUCCGUGCUACGUGGUGAAGGCCCGGUACGAUGGGCAGGUGUACACCUUGUAUGUGAGCGGCACCACCGGCACGGUGGGUGGUCCUUUUCUAAUUAGCGCCCUGUACGUCGCCCGGGUCGCCACGCUGAGUGUGGUAGGACUCUUUCUGCUGCUGUGGCCCAACAAACUGACGGGGCUGGCACUGGGCUCGCUGCUGUCGGUGCCGGUGUACUACCUCGCCUUCUACGCCGCAAAGUUCUUUCCCUCACACCGUCGUGAUUACCAGCGGUGGCAGCGGCAGAAACUUCGCAUGCAGCACGAGGAAAAGGACCGUGGCGGCUUCCGCCCACACGUGUCGUCUAAACGCAUCGAGGAGGAAUACAGGCGGUCCUCGUACUGGGACACCCACGCGUUUCAGAACCGGCAAGACUCCCAUGCCCCUGUGCGAGAUCCACGCGGCUAUUACGCGGCGCUGGGUCUCACAGGAACAGAGUCCGUGAAUGAGAUUCGCUCGGCGUACCGCAAACUCGUGCUCACAGAGCAUCCCGAUGCCGGUGGCUCGACAGAGCGCAUGGCAAAGUUGAACCAGGCCUACCGCGUCUUGCGUGACCCAGCGCGGCGGGAAGCGUACGACAAGGGCAACUAG